AUGGUUGAAGAAAGUCACAGUAAACAAACGAAGCACAAUCUUGACUUCUACCGCAACACUAUUUUGGGCAGAAGUUUCUUCACAGAAACUAAUCGGGUGAAUUGUCUUCUACCGAUCAAUGCUGAUAGGGACCUGGUGAUUGGCACGGACGAUGGGAUUUACUUGAUUAACCAAUGGCGUAGCGAGGAUCACAUCGAACCGCAACUGGUUAUUCAGACCGUCGAUGUUACUCAGAUUGAUAUUCUGGAAGAAUCUCACCUAUUCAUGGUUCUUUCGAAUGGGAACCUUGAAUUUUAUCCAAUCGAAGUCCUGAAUGCUACUGAAGACCAGGAUCUUGUGUUUUGCGAACCAAAGAAGGUCGAGGAUUAUGUGGACUUCUUCAAGAUUGGGAUCAGCCUGGGACGCCCUCUUGUGUGCUCUGUCAACACAACUGCUUCAUCAACUAAUAUUAAGAUUUUCGAGGCCGUGGGUAUCUUGGAUAGCAAUGGUAUGGGUAGCAGGUAUGAGAAGACACUCAGAUUGUUCAAGGUGAGUGAUGCAACUCCCUGA